UCCACCCCUGCUGGGCUAAAGCUAAACCUACAGCAGCAGCAGCGUUCACAGGCUCGGUACUUGUUACAAUCUGAGCCAACCUGUCAGGAGCAGAGCAGCAACACAUACUGGACUUUCUCAGUUUGCAAGCGAAACGUUUUUGUUUUAAUUUGUUUUGACAACUCACAGCAGAACCGUUAGCAGGCUAAGCUAGCAGGACGAGCUAACGACAGUUGGCUAAAACUCCUGCUCCCUGCUGAGGACCACCCACUGCAGGCUGCUGGACGUGACAGAUCCAGCUAUGUAAACUGCUCUGAUGUGUGGACUUCUAUAUCCAUUCUGGGGCCUGGUUGAGACGGCUUUCAAGCUGGUCUGGAGGACCACACUAUUACUGUGACGUAAACAUCCAACAGACCUGCAGCUGAACAGGUGUAUGUUGGUCUGAUCAUAGCGUAAACCCCCCCCACCACCUUAGCAGCCUCCUCCCUCUGCUCCCCCUGUAGCAGUACUAUGCCUCUGGGUUUGGGAAGAAGGAAGAAGGCGUCCCCGCUGGUCGAGAACGAGGAAGCGGAGCCCAUCCGCGCAGGUCUCAAUGUGCCGGGUAUGGAUGGCCUAGAUGGAGGUGUUGUUGGGCUGGGAGAAGGUGCCGCCUCUGAAGGUCUGCCUCCUCCACCCAGCAGCAUGCGACCUCGCCUCAUCUUCCACACUCAGCUCGCCCACGGCAGCCCAACGGGCCGUAUAGAGGGUUUCAGCAACGUGCGGGAGCUCUAUGCCAAGAUUGGCGAGGCCUUCGGGAUACCGCCGGCCGAGGUUAUGUUUUGCACACUGAACACUCACAAGGUGGACAUGGAUAAACUGUUGGGAGGACAGAUUGGGCUAGAGGACUUUAUUUUUGCCCACAUCAAAGGCCAGCGAAAGGAAAUAGAGGUGUAUAAAGGAGAGGAUGCACUAGGAUUGACGAUCACUGAUAAUGGAGCUGGCUACGCUUUCAUCAAGCGAAUCCGCGAGGGGAGCGUGAUUCACCAGAUCCAGGUCAUCAAUGUGGGUGAUAUGAUCGAGUCGAUCAACGGCCAACGCCUGAUUGGGUGUCGACACUACGAGGUGGCCAAGAUGCUGAAGGAGCUGCCCAAAGGGAAGGAGUUCGUCAUCAAGCUGGUGGAGCCCCUCAAGGCCUUUGAUAUGAUCAGCCAGCGGUCUGGAGGGUCCAGGUCGGCCUCAGGGGUUCAGCUGGGGACCGGUAGAGGAACUCUGCGGCUGCGCUCUAAAGGUCCUGCUACAGUGGAGGAGCUGCCCUCUGCGUUUGAGGAAAGGGCAAUUGAGAAGGUGGAUGACCUGCUUGAGAGCUACAUGGGCAUCAGAGACAGCGAGCUGGCGGCUACCAUGGUGGAGCUGGGAAAGGACAAGAAGAACCCGGAUGAGUUUGCAGAGGCUUUGGAUCAAACCCUCGGGGACUUUGCCUUCCCAGACGAAUUUGUUUUUGACGUCUGGGGAGCCAUCGGCGAUGCGAAGGUCGGGCGAGUGUAACCUCUGACGCUGUCGGAGCAGAACAACCCGUGUGUGGCACCCACAACAUUCAGCACUACUAGAAAACACAACACUACCGUCAUGAGUUUGUUUUUAUUCCAGUGUAUACUCCUACUAUUUUUUUUUUUUUUUUAAUUUAGAGUCUUAUCUUUUUGGGAGCCUCUGCCUACACAAAGAGGACAACGGCAGUUAAUGGGAGAAGAAGAUGACUCUGAUGAUUUCCCAAGUGCUUUUAUUUGUCUUCCGGCUUUUUCCAGAAACUACUAGGAACACGCUGAUGAGCUUUCCCUUUGACCGCCUCACGUGAUCCUGCAUGUCAUUGUUGUAGUUGUUGGCAGUGGAACAAGCGGAGCACAAGUCUCUAAUAUGGGAGCAAUGAGAGACAACAAAAAGUAGAUCUUUGAUACUCGGCAAAAAAAAAAAAAAAGAAAUGUGAUUUUUCCACAUUGCACUGUGUUGCGUAAACAGAGAUCGCGCUGUACGUCACCUGGUGAGUGGCCCAGUUACUGCACAAAACAAGGCAUCGGCCUCCCUGAGUCCCAGUGACGUCCUGAACCACUCGCUGUUACUGUUAUGGAUCAGUUUUACAAGCAUGUGCUGUUAUACUUUUGUCUUCAUAAGGAAUUAUGCUGGUUUUAUGUCCUUUUUUUUGUUUGUUUUUUUGGGGUAAAAUAAAAAUAGUAUUUGCAAAACUCAUAGUAACAUGUAGCUUGCUGACUAAACGAUCGGUGGUGUUUAUUCACCUUUAAAACACUCCGCGCUGUAGUGAAGUUAACGUUCAUACAUUUGACAGUGUUAGAGGAGAUCAGUUGUAAUUUACCUUUUUUUGAAGGUGAGGAUGAGGAGCAGAGUGGUUCUCGGUUUAUGGGUUGUGUUGACUUGUUUUUUUUUUUUUUAUAGCUAAUGUUUUUAUAUAAAGUGAUGUGAAGUCUAUUUUAAAACAGGGUUUGUGUAAUGGAUGAAGAAUUUGAUCUUCUGUUGCAACUACUUUAUUUUGAAGCAUUACAGAAGGCAGUAUUAAAGAAGAGUAACGAGAUGGAGUAGGUGUGUAAAAAGGAAUCCGUUGAGAACGAAAUGCCUUCAUUUCCUGCAUUUUCUACGUUUUUGUUUGAAGUAUGAAUUCUGGCGCCUGGUGCUGCAAAAGUAUCCUGUCAUUGCAGCAGAAUGAUACCAACCUACUUCCAUCACGUGUUGACUUGUGUUGUUCAAAGAGAGAAAAACAACAGGCAAUGCUGCACCCACUACUCAGCGUAGGUAAACACAUGUCUUAAUUAAGCGUUUUGGUGUUAACCUUUUUCAGUAUAUCCAAAUGUAUGAAGCUAUUUUGUAGUCUUGUUUCAUUCGUCAGAGGUGAUGAAUAUCUAAAUGUAAUGAAACUGAUGCUAGAACACUGUAACACUGAGAAGAACACGUUAUUUUGAUGGCUUUGUAUUACACUGUUGUCAAUGUCCAAUUAUAAUGCAAUAAUAACAUCGACAUGGCAGUUUCGCCUUCUGUUUGGUCAUUCCUAAACUCUGGUAUG